AUGUAUUGGAACCCGGACGGUAUACGGCAGAAGCUGCAGGAACUCCGCACUGUCGCCCAGCAACAGGACAUACAUAUCAUACUGCUGGGCGAAACAAUAUUGAAUCCAAAGACGCAAAUAAAGCUGCCAAACUUCCAUAUCUACAGAAGGGACGAGGUUACUUCUCAAGGGGCCGCCUACAGAGGGACGGCGGUUCUAGUGAGGAGGGACAUCGUCCAUCAAGAGCUGGAACUACCAUCCUACCAGACAAUGCGCUCAAUCGGCAUAAGAAUGGAGGCGGCGGGCGAGGAACUAAGGAUAUAUGCAGCAUACCACCCGCCAGGGACUCCAUUCUGCUCCUCAGACAUCCGGAGGGUGAUGGAAGGCGAUACACCUAUAAUCAUCGCCGGGGACCUGAACGCCAAAAACCCGGCGUGGGGGUCCAGAGUGAUCACCCCGCCGGGUCUUGAGCUAUACGAAGAUGCAGAAAAGAGCCUGUACGACGUUCUAGGUCCCGAGGAACCAACACACGUUCCUACUGACCCACGGAGGCAUCCGGAUGUAUUAGACAUCGUGCUCACUAGGAAUGUCAACUAUCCGAUAGUGGUAGAAGUGCUGUACGACCUCCCUUCUCAGCACCUCCCGUUACUGAUAACCCUUGGCCUAAAGGCAGUGACUACGCCGCCUAGAGCUUUUAAAACCCGUGUCGACUGGAGGCUCUACUGUCAACAUAUUCAGCAGAGACCUCCAGCACACCAUCCUAUAAGCACAGCGAACGACGUAGAGGCCGCUGCUACUAGAAUUACCAACAACAUCAAGGAAGCCCUCCACGCGGCUUCUACGGUCGUCCCGAUUACAGCAAGGCGAGACGAUCUGCCGCGUGAGAUAUGCGUGCAGAUCAAGCGCAAAAGAGCGCUGAGAAAGCUCUGGGCGCGUACUCGCUGUCCCAGAAUUAAGACACAGCUGAACACCUUAUCGGAGGAACUGUCGGUUGCAGUCCAGGCCUUCAGAGGGGAGGCCUGGGAUCGGCGCAUCCAGAAGGCGGAUGAGUAUGAUGCGUCACUCUACAAACUGAACCGGCAGUUGACCAAAACCAAACCUCCCGUUUGCCCGCUGACCAACAACGCGGGCAAACGCUGCUACGAUGCCAAGGGCAGAGCGGAUAUCCUAGUCGAGCACUUCGAGGAGCAAUUUAUGCCGAAUCCAGCAAGUGCGGAGUUCAUGGAGCUUCAUGCCCGGAAGGAAAGUCGCGUACAGGAGUUCCUAUCGUCGCCCGCGCCGCCUCUUGCAGGAGAGUGGUUCAUCUCCCCCGCUGAACUGCGGAGGACAGUAACCCGCCUGCAACCGAGGAAGGCGCCUGGGCACGACGGGAUUACCAACGCUGCACUCCGACAGCUGCCUAAUAGAGUCCUAGUAGAGCUUGGUCGACUCUACAAUGGGAUACUGCGGACAUCCCACUUCCCGGAGGACUGGAAGAAAGGCAAAGUGAUCGUCUUGCCGAAACCCGGGAAGGACAGGCGUAGAGCUGCCAGCUACAGACCGAUCACGCUAUUACCGCAUAUAGCUAAACUGUUCGAAAGAUUGCUGCUGAGACGUCUCCGUCCGUGCAUUUAA